AAUGGGGCAAAUCCAUGUGCCCACUGCUGGGUGGGCACCCCAUUUGUCCCAGAUUAGGUAAAGCCAAAAGACAUCCCCAACACUCAUUGUCUGUUCACUGUAUCUCCCCUUUCAACACUCAGCAGCAUCUAUUUCAGAUCCAGACCCCGGGUGAACCCCUAACAGUGACAGUGCUGUGCUGGGAUGCGGUGCCCACACCAGGACGUGGUACCCACACCGUGCCCUGUCCCACCACCAGCUGCAGCCGCCACGCCGUGGCACCGCCACAGGUUUGUGUUUACCAUCACCUUAUUAAGGGAUUAUUCAGGCUGCGGUUUCCUCGCGCGUCCGAUCUGUUUGUGCUCGCGGCCGGUGGCUCGCUGCCAUCCCCUGAGCUGCACGCCGGGCUAUAUAAGCGCCCUCGCUGCCUCGGCGGCGGGCGGCUCGCACACAGCCCGGCUCCGCUCGACGCAGGGGAGGUGUCGGGAAGCCGCAGCUCUCUCUUCUUCCCAGCCGGCUGCAAAUCCCUGCACACGCAGCUGACAAGCCCUCGUCUCGCCCGCGGAUCUCAGCUCGGCUGGCGGCUCUGUGGCGAGAAGACGGGACUCUCCUUAAGUGGGGUUUUUAUGGCUUUUUAGGAGUGGGGAAAGCGUGGGACGGUUGCAGAAACUCCAGGAAUCCCCUGGUCACCUCUGGAGACAGCGAUGGUCACCAUGAAAGGCUGGAUCCUCCUCCUCCUCCUCUGGGGAGCCACGUCUGUUUUAGGACAAAGGAUUCUGAAACCAGCCCUCAGCAGGAUCCAGAUAGGACAGAGAACCUUCAGCCCGCUGGUAAUGCUCAGCUUGGAGAGUACGAGGAGCAGCUCUCGCCGGGGAGACCCCACCUUCGCCUACGUCAGACGCAGUCCACUGGUGCAAGAUUCAAAAAGGUUUUUGUCUCCAUGGUCGAAAUGGAGCGAGUGCUCAGCCAAGUGUGGCCAAACCGGGGUGCAGAAGCGCACCAGAUCCUGCCUGGCCGAGCCUCUCUGGGGCGUGCACUGUAAUGAAGCAACUGAGGAAGGGCGGCUCUGCAUUGGACAUGUUUGCUCAGCCUGCAACAUCACCUGCCCCAUGGGCCAUGUCAACGCUGACUGUGACACUUGCAUGUGUGAGGAUGCCACGCUGCAUGGGAAGGUGUCUCUCGAGGAUGGGUCACCUGCUGCCGAUGCCCGGGUCUACCUGCAAGCCAAGAAACUCAAGCUGUUGACAAUGGCUGAUAACAGAGGCAUGUUUAGGAUCCCAGGGGUUUGUCCUGAUGGCAAAAACACCCUUAAAAUAAAGAAAGCCAAAUAUGCAACAGCGACUGUCACCGUGCCCGAGAGCAACCGGAGAAACCUGGCGAUCCAAGUGCAGCUGCACCGAUCAGGCAAACCCUAUGUUUUCAGGAGCCCUGAGGACAAAGCCAGGAGAGUGGGACAGAGUGUGUCCCUCUGCUGCGAUGCCCGAGGGAGCCCAGCUCCCGACCGCUACCUCUGGUACCACAAUGGCUCACUGCUGGACCCCUCCUUGUACAAAUAUAAAAACAACCUGAUUCUGAAGAACCUGAAGAGAGAACAGUCAGGAGAGUAUUUCUGCAAGGCCAGCAGUGCUGGGGGGUCAGCAAAGUCUCAAGUUGCCAAGCUGGCUGUCAUAGGAAGACAAGAGGCAGCCUGUGACUCCCAGCCCCAAAGCCACCUCAUCCGACUUCCUCACGAUUGCUUCCAAAAAGCAACAAACUCCUUCUAUUACGACGUGGGCAAGUGCCCAGCAAAGACCUGUGUGGGGAAGCUGGAUAAGGGACUUCGGUGUAAGGACAAUGUCUCCUACUGCUGUGGGGUAUCCAAGAUGGAAACCAGGGACAUCUCCUGCGAUGGCUACACGCUCCCCACUAAAGUCAUCGUUGAAUGCGGUUGCAAAAUAUGCACCGAGACCAAAAUAAUGGUUCGAGGCAGAGCCACAGCAGCAGAUAAUGGUGAGCCGCUGAGGUUUGGCCACAUCUACAUGGGGAACAAGAGAGUGAGUAUGACUGGCUACAAGGGAACCUUCUCCAUCCACGUCCCAGCAGAUAUGGAGAGACUGGUUCUAACUUUUGUGGACCGGCUGCAGAAGUUUGUAAACACAACAAAAGUUCUGCCCUUCAAGGAAAAUGGAGGUGCUGUAUUUCAUGAGAUCAAGCUACUGAGAAAGAAAGCCCCUGUUACACUGGAAUCCACCGAAACCAAUGUGAUUUCUUUAGGGGAAAUGGAAGAAGAUGAUCCAAUUGCUGAAUUAGAAAUUCCUCCCAAUGCAUUUUAUAGGAAAAAUGGAGAGGUCUAUAGUGGCAAAGUGAAAGCCAGUGUGACAUUUCUGGACCCAAGAAACAUCUCUACUGCCCCUGUGACACAAAGUGACCUGAACUUUGUAGAUGAGGAAGGAGACGUAUUUCCGCUCCGCACGUACGGCAUGUUUUCUGUGGACUUCACAGAUGAACGGGGCACUGAGUCCCUCAACGCAGAAAAGGUGAAGGUUCAUUUGGAUGCUGCUCAGGUCAAGAUGCCAGAGCAUGUGCAAGAGAUGAAGCUUUGGUCCCUGAACCCAGAGACAGGGCUGUGGGAGGAAGAAGGGGACUUCAACCUUGAGAAAAGCACACGGCGCAAAAGGGAGGAGAGAACCUUUUUGGUUGGGAACAUGGAGAUCAAAGAAAGGCGUCUUUUUAACCUGGAUGUCCCUGAGAGCAGACGGUGCUACGUCAAAGUACGAGCCUACAGAAGUGAGCGAUUUCUGCAAAGUGAGCAGAUCCAAGGGGUUGUGAUUUCUAUUAUAAACUUGGAGCCAGAACCAGGGUUCUCCUCCAAUCCCAGAGCAUGGGGCCGUUUUGACAGCGUAGUCACUGGUCCCAAUGGUGCCUGUGUGCCCGCCUUCUGCGAUGAGCAAAACCCUGAAGCCUACGGAGCUUACAUCUUGGCAAGCCUGGGGGGUGAAGAGCUCGAAGCUGUGCCCUCUGCUCCCAAACUCAACCCUGCUGCUAUUGGGGUCCCACAGCCAUACCUCAACAAGCUUAACUACAGGAGGACAGACCAUGAGGACCCCAACAUCAAGAAAACGGCAUUCAGCAUUAACAUGGCCAAGCCAAGCCCUAAUUCCCCAGAAGAGAACAAUGGCCCUAUUUAUGCCUAUGAAAACCUCAGUGAAUGCGAGGAAGCCCCACACAGUGCUGCUCACUUCAGGUUUUACAGGAUAGAAGGAGACCGGUAUGACUUCAAUACUGUUCCCUUCAAUGAAGAUGACCUCAUGAGCUGGACUGAUGACUACCUGGCAUGGUGGCCCAAGCCCAUGGAAUUUAGAGCCUGCUACAUUAAAGUAAAAAUAAACGGACCCCAAGAAGUGAAUGUAAGAUCUCGUAACAUGGGUGGGACGCACCCACGCACCAUCGGCCAGCUGUACGGCAUCCGGGAUGUGCGCAGCAUCCGCGACCCCCAGCAGCGGGACGUGUCGGCAGCCUGCCUGGAGUUCAAGUGCAGCGGAAUGCUCUUCGACCAGGACCGCGUGGACCGCACGCUCGUCAAAGUGAUCCCACAAGGCAACUGCCGCCGAGUGAGCGUCAACAGCAUGCUCCACGAGUACCUGGUGAACCACCUCCCCAUGGCCACCAACAACGACACCAGCGAGUACACAAUGCUGGCACCUCUUGACCCGCUGGGACACAACUACGGCAUCUACACAGUCACUGAUCAAGACCCGAGGAUCGCCAAGGAAAUUGCCCUGGGCAGGUGUUUUGAUGGCACGUCUGAUGGCACAUCCAGAAUCAUGAAGAGCGAUGUCGGCAUUGGGUUGACGUUCACCUGUUCAGAGAGGAGCCCGACAGAGCAAAGCAUCUUCCAGUCUCAGAGGAACUUGGGCCAGCAGUCUCCGAGGGAAAGCCCUGUGUACCAGAGGCCACCGGCAAGCCGCCGUAACAACCAAGCCAGGAUCCCGAUGACGGGUCAACGUCCCACCUACUAGAGCUCUGUAGGAGCAUUGGUAAAGUCACUCAUGCUCAAUUAAAUAUGAUUUGAAAGUAACAUCAACCUGCUAAAUAACGUAAUUGAAGGCUGGUAGGUGUCAUUAUUUAUGAGACAUAAUUAAGGUGCCAUUUUUUUUCCCCCACCAGAAAGAAAAGACGUAAGGCGAGAACUGGGGGCCAGCAGAGGUAGUGAGUUUGUGUCUUAUUAAAUGCAUCCAUAAAAAUCUUCCUUCUGCCUGACAUUAAACAGCUUCAUAUGAUAGCCUAAAGAGAAGACUAAACAUAUGAUUCAAUUAAGUCAUGUACAUAAAACGUUCUUCUGUUCUGCAUCUGCAGACUUUGCCAGCCCAAGUACCUGUACAGUAGUUGGUAACAUGAAAAGGAAUAAACUGAUUUCCUCAUACAGAAUUCAACUGCAAGGUUUCGUACUUGAAAUGUAAGUAUUUUAUUUAUUUCUAGCUUGUUUUAGAAUUACUGUAUUCAAGCUAAACUACUGGCAGCUGCAUUUCUAAGGACUCGCAUGCUCAAUAGCAUGGAGAAGCCAUUUGGAUUUGUAGGCUCCACAUAGAUACAGAUAAGUUUUCUCUUGCUUCUUGCAUUGUUUGACAAGAAAAUCUAUGCUCUUUGAUAGGGUAGGUUAAUAAAAAAAGUAAUUUUGUAACUUUGACAAUGUGUGUCACUUUUGUGUUUGAAAUGCCCAAUUAAAUAAACCACCUGUAGAGCUGAGCAAAGAAUAACCUGCAGGGUUUCAUCUUUAUGUUCACAAACAGGUCACAACUUUAUGAGACUGAUCCUGGAUAUGUGUGAGGGGUUUUGUGCAUGCCUGGUUCUCCUGCAGCUCCAGGGUUUGCCCAUGACAUGCUGCAGUCAGGGAAUCUCUCCCCAGCUUGACAAGUGGGGAGUCAGCAAUGGUUCUGGGAGAAUCAGAGCAGCAGGUCUGGGCAGGGAUGAAUUAAGGAGUGGCACAAGACAGAGGGAAAGGAGGGCUGGGAAUUUGUGCUUUAAGGAUGACAGGAAACCAGGCAAUGUAGAGCAGUGCUGGAUGGAGAUAGGGAGAAGUUGGGCUUCCCUCCACACUCAGCAGCAGUGAGCAUAAGGAGCUGGCAAGAAGCUGCUCUUAGCUGAAGGUACAGCUGGCCACAGAAGGGGUCAGUGAUCCCUCUCCAAGUGACCUAUCAAAUUGUCCUUUCCACCCCUACCCUUCCUAGAGUGAAAUCAAGGACCUCACAGCAUGGAAGACACCUUGUGUUUACAGGCAAACACUGGCAAUAAAAUUUUGGGGUGCAGAAAAACCAGCAAGUCUCUGACACCAAAACUCCCACCAAGAGAGAUAAUAAAAAUGUGGCAGUGCAAUUGGAUGCAAACUGGAAUUCAAACACAUGCUCCAACAUGGAUUUCCCUUUCCUACCUAAUCCCCUCCUAUGGAUAUGAAGCCAGUUCUAGGCCUAUGCUGCCAUACCCACUCCCAUCAAGGGCAUCAAGAAUCUUUCGACAGUGUUUAGC